AUGAUCCUGGCUGCGAUCAGCAGCAGCCUCUGUCGUCCCGCGCUGCACGCGCGUGCACGGCCGCUAUGCUGCGAGGCACACGACGUGCAGCAGGCGCUUGCCGCCGUGCGUCGGCGGCUCGCGGCGGCGGCUGGCGAGGGCGAGGAGCCUCGUCUCGUCGCAGUCUCGAAGACCAAGCCGGUCGAGGCGUUACGCGAAGCGUAUGACGCGGGA